UCGAGAGCUGUGUGUGGAGUCGCGUUGGGCGGAGUCGUUGGACCAGGAGCAUAUAUAUUAACCAUCGGAACAGUCUACGUGCAGUUAAGCUUUCAGCAUGAAGCUCUUCUUGUGUCUUUCCCUCUGCCUGGCUCUCUGCCUCGUUUGCGUGACAGGGCUUAGGUGUUCUCUGGCUGAAGGAUGCACACCCGAGGCGAAAGCUGGCUUGGACUGCCAGUUUGGAUUUGAGACGGACCUCUGCAAUAGGUGUGAAUGCGCCAAGGGGCUCGGUGAGACGUGCGGCGGGAUAUGGAAGAAAUUGGGCACCUGCGCCGAAGGACUUGUCUGCAAUAACGACCCCGAAGACGUCUUCACUGAGGGCGUGUGUGUGGAAGCUCAUCGUUAAAGAUGUUAACGGGACACAUAAGAAACACCGAGAUAACAUUAAAUCGAGGCUCUUUGUUGACUGGUUUACAUAAAUUGUGAGCAAUG